UUCCUUGUCAGACCCAGGUAGUGGUGGACUUGUGGGGGCUUCGUUGCUUUACCCUUGGAUACCAGGCUGCUAGGAGUCUGCUGUUGGUUAGUUCUAUGUAGCACAGUAUUUUGUGCCCCAUUGAGACCUAUUUUUAGCAAGUGGAUUAUCUGAGGAAAUGAAUUAUUAGAGUUUCAGAGGAAGUUCAACUGACAAACUGAGUCUUAUAGAUAGACCCACCCAUAACCUGGGGCCAGUGCUCACCAAAAGAACUUGUCAAUGACUGGUCAUCCUGGCCAGGUGAAGAAGUUCAUGACUCUGCUUCCUCUGGCUGAAGAUGUCACCCAUGGGGCCUGGAAGGAAUUGAUGUGCCUGGCACUAUGCUGUACCAGGGUGCAUAGCAGCAACUCCUUCAUCACUGUGGCUCCAGCCUGACUUCUUUGGAAAUGGGGUUGGACUACCACCAGCAGCCCUGGCAUGUCUGACCACGAGGAAUGUCUAGAAAUAGCCCCUCUGGGAUUGCUUAUCGCAUCCAAGGGUUUAUUAAAUUGUGGGUGCGGAAAGACAGAGCUGGUCUAUCCAUAUGCUUUAGCUAGUAAGCCACCCAAACUCCAGAAUAUGCAGUAGAGGCACUGUAGUGACUUCUGGAGCAAGCACAGGCUUAUUGAGAUAAUAUGUGGGAUUUUCCUGUGUUACUCACACAGUGGAGAGUGCACUGGAGAGUAAUGCUGUUGCUGUGGUCAGGUCUGCAGAUGGCUACUUUGGUAUACAGGAAUUGCCUGGCCCUCCUUGAAUGACUGGGCUGGGCCAAGAUGCCCAUACACGGCUCUCCUGCCAGCUCAGUGUGAGUGCCUUCAGCUGUGGCAUGGGCAGCUCAGGCACUGGAGCUGGUCUGUUCUAAAGCCCAAGGGUUGCUGAGUUGCUGUGGGGCACAAUGGCUUGUGAACCCAGCUGUGAACUGAGUAGGAAGCUAGAACAGAUGUAACAGCCCCAAACUUCGAUGUGUUUCUAUCUGCCCUUUGUCAGCACUCUCAAACAAAUGCUUUCCCGGUAGAUGGUGUUCAAACAUCCUCCUCAAAAAAGAUAAGAUCUGCAGACGUCACUGGCAGGAGCAAUGCCAGAUGUCAGAUGCGGAGGUGGAAGUGUUCUGAAAUAAAGGCUAGUUCCUUUCUAAUUUACAAGCUCAUUCCUUUGACUGUGCAUUAUUAUUCCCUCUUGCAGCUGCUUUUCCCCUUACUUCUUAAAGCCUAAUUCUGAAAAGUUCUGACAUGCUCCAUGACUAAUGUUCUGUCCCAAGGAAAAAGGUUAUGAAAAUACCACUGUGGCAAGCUUAAAUAACACAGCUCUUUGGAUGUAGAAACAAAAUCUGCUUUUUAUGGGUAACUGUAAUUUGUUUCUUUUCAUCUGCAUGUUUUCAGAUGGGGGAGUUUAAAAAAAAAAAAAAGCCUUAACAACUGUCCCAACAAAAUGAAAUUAUUGUGAAUGUCAGCUGGCUGCAGGGGUUGCACAUCUGUGGGGAAGUGAUGAGGGAGAAGAGGAAGUGGAACGUAACCUUUUUUAAACAGCAUUGGAAGGUACAGAUGAGAAAACAAGGUGUCUCUGGAAACUUGAACAGCUGUGGCUUGUGCAGUGUGUGCUUAGUGAGGCACCAUUCAGAUGGGAAGUGCAGAAGUGCAGUGCUAAGUACUGGGCCUGACUUUGCUUUCAGACAGGAUUUGAGUAGCAAAGUUAAGUCCAUGUUAGUGUGCAGGUAGUGGUUCCGCCAUCAGAGCUGGCUGUGCUGGCUCUGAUGUGCAGCUUGCUAUUACUAGUGACACUUGAGGCUUUUAGGUGUUUGUCACCUGUCCUUUAGCCCUAUCCCUUUCCCAGUAACAACACAGUAGCUAAUUCUUUUACUUUGACACUUAAGGAAGUAGAAAGAGAACUUUUCAAGGUUGAGCAGCCGGGAGCUCAGGUUUAGUUCAGGGCAUGCAUUCCCCUGUAGUUCUGGUGUGACUGCAAUGCAGAUCUCUGCUGUUACUUUCUGUGUCUCCUUUUGGGUGUGCACAAGGUGUCUUGGGGCACCACCAGCAUGCACAGUUCUCAGAUGAAGGUUGCUGGAGGGGAUUUCCCUGACUGUUUCCUUGCAUGGUUUGUGUACAGCUGUUUUCCAUGAAUUUGUCUAAUCCUUUCAACUUGCCACCCACCUCUGCAGCCUCGCUUGACGGCACAUUUCAGACAUUUGAUACCUGCCAGUGUUUCCAGGUACUCAAAACUGAUUUCCUGCUGGUUACUCGUGUUCUGGCACAGAUCUGUUCCACUUUCCCCUUACCCACUCUGCUUGGGACUCUGUGUCCUCCUGAGCCUUUCCUCCCUGUUUGAUGGGUCUCAGCUGUUUGGUCUUUCCUCCACCAGCAGCUGCUGCAAUUCCUGAAUCACUUCAGCUGCCCUCUUUUGAUCUCCUCUCUGCACUAACCUUGUAGCCAGAUUAGAUGUGCAUACAGUGCUCGAGGUUUGGAUGCACCGAGGUUUCACACAGUCCAAAAUGUUAUCUUCCUUGGGGCUCAAUCCUGUUCUUGCAGAUGCCCAGUGCUCUGCUGGCAUGAUGUGCUCUUGAGCCAGUCCCCUACAGAAAGCUUGUGGUGAGAGGCACAGGACUUAUGGGUGGGUCAGCCGCCCUAGCUCUGUUCUCCUUAACCUUUAUCCAUCACAAAUUCUUGAUUCCUUCUCAAAUCAUGACCAUAUGGAAUGCAGUUUCCCUCUGAGGCUUGUCAUCAUGUCUGUCUUUAAUUACACCUAUAACUGUUCAUUGUCUAACUGAAGUCCCUUUGGAGUAAUGUCAUCCUUUUAUCUGGUGGUGGGUUUUGGUGUGGUGGGAUGUGGCGUGGUUGCUUAGUCCCAUGAGAGCUCUGCAGUUGGAUCCAAUUGAGGUCUAGCACUUUGGCAGGGUUGAUGUGCAGUUUCAAUCUAGUGAUGUAAUUGAUUGGAAAAAAAUGCUGUGCCUGCUCCUGCUGGGCUAAUUAUGAGGAAUUCCUUGGGCUGAGCGGAGCAGACAGUUAUAUUUUGUUUUUCUAAUCUUGCCUAGAAGUGGUCAGACUCAUGGCUUCUGGGAAAUGCUGAGUGGAACUGGAGUUUCAUCAGCUUUCAUACCCAGCUGUUCUUCCCUUGAUCUGCUGUUUCUGCAUGGGCUUGCUAUGGCUGAUGUCGCAAGCCCGGGGGGAUGGCUGGGUGCGUCAUUUCCUGUUCCAGGCACACUGCGUUGUGAAGGGGUUCUCAGAUGUGUCUGAACUGGGUGCAUGACUCUGGAGGGCUGCAGUGGGAGUUGCAAGGGUCGUGAGCUCUUAUAUCUUGCUUUUGGCAGCAUUGAGAUAGUGACUCUGUUGUCGCCUGUCAUGUGAAUGGAGCUUCUUGGGAUGGCCUGGGCAGCUGACUGAUACUGAUUUAAGAGCCAUUAACUUCUCACCGGACACUGAAUGCAUCCAUCCAAAGAGGAGCAACAAUGGAUUGGCUCCAACAAAGAUGUAACAGGCUUUGUGAGAAGACAUCCCAUCUGAAAUGGAGGUGAUCCAUGGAGCUGAAUGCUGACCCCGUCAACAUGGGUUUGCGGCUGUUGGCUUGUCCCUCUCAUUUGCCCACUGCAGUGAUCUACGGGUCCUUGUCGCUGUUUGUUUCCAUUUUGCACAAUGUAUUUCUCCUUUACUACGUGGACACGUUUGUCUCUGUUUACAAGAUCGAUAAACUAUCCUUUUGGAUAGGAGAGACGGUGUUUCUGAUCUGGAACAGCCUCAAUGACCCUCUGUUUGGCUGGCUGAGUGACAGGGUGUUCCUUAGCACACAGCAGCCAGGAGCAGAGAUUUCCUCCCCAGAAGUAGUUCUGAAGAGGCUCAGAGCGCUAAGCCACAAUGGCCCCCUCUUUGCCAUCUCUUUCCUGGCUUUCUGGGUUGCCUGGGCUCAUCCUGGUUUGCAGUUCCUUCUCUGCCUUUGCAUGUAUGACAGCUUUCUCACCAUGGUUGACCUCCAUCACAACGCCUUGCUCGCAGACUUGGCUGUUUCAGCAAAAGACAGGACUAGCCUCAACUUCUACUGCUCCUUCUUCAGUGCCAUAGGCUCGCUCUCUGUCUUCAUGUCAUAUGCGGUGUGGAACAAGGAAGACUUCUUUUCCUUUCGCAUAUUCUGCAUCGUGUUGGCCUUCUGUUCCAUCGUUGGUUUUACCCUGUCCACACAGCUGCUCCGCCAGCGAUUUGAGACUGAUGGGAAAGCAAAAUGGGACCAGGAAUCAACCUUAAAAGAGCUGUACAUUGAGAAACGCUCUGUUCCUCAGGAGAAGAGGAUCACCCUGGCAGAGUAUCUUCAGCAGCUCUCUCGGCAUCGCAACUUCCUCUGGUUUGUCUGCAUGAACCUAAUCCAGGUUUUUCACUGCCACUUUAACAGCAACUUCUUCCCCCUGUUCCUGGAGCACCUGCUGUCAGACCAGAUCUCUGUAUCUACAGGAUCCUUUCUCCUUGGUGUUUCCUACAUUGCCCCCCACCUCAACAACCUCUACUUCCUGUCUCUCUGCCGUCGCUGGGGGGUUUACGCAGUGGUCCGAGGACUCUUCUUCCUGAAGCUGGCUCUCAGUGUUGUCAUGCUUCUGGCAGGACCCGAUCAGGUGUAUCUGCUCUGCAUCUUCAUAGCAAGCAACCGGGUGUUUACAGAAGGGACCUGUAAGUUGCUCAACCUGGUGGUGACUGACUUGGUGGAUGAGGAUCUUGUCCUGAACCGCAGGAAGCAGGCGGCUUCAGCGCUGCUCUUCGGGAUGGUUGCUCUGGUCACCAAGCCGGGACAGACCUUUGCGCCCCUGAUAGGCACCUGGCUGCUCUGUGUGUACACAGGCUAUGACAUCUUCCAGCGUAACCCCUUGAGCAACGUGGUGAGUGCCCAGCCAAAGCUGGAAUCUGAUGCAGUCUUGGAGCCAACUCUCCGCCAGGGCUGCUUUUACCUCCUCGUCUUUGUUCCCAUCACAUGUGCACUGCUGCAGCUCCUCAGUUGGUCUCAGUUCAGCUUGCAUGGGAAGCGUCUGCAGAUGGUGAAGGCUCAGCGCCAAGGCCUGAUGCAAGGCCGAACACCAGAAAUCAAAAUGAUCUAGGGGUGUCUGCACCCCUGGGGGUGUUUCUGGUUCCAGGCUGGUGCAGGACUGCUGGCAAAGUAAAGGGAUUGCUGGCUGGGAAAGCCCCCAUGUUUACAAUUUAACUGUGAAGUGCUGUGAUGCCAGUGUUUACUUAUCCCAGGAGGUGGCCACGGGGAAAGCAGAGGACUCUUGAGCAUGUACUGGGCCUGGGAUAGAUCACGUGGUUACAGCAGUAAGAGCAUUCCAACCUCGCUGGUCCCAGAAAGCAGAAUUCCAGGGCAGGGUUGCAGCAUGUCCUAGAGAUGGUCGCAUCCCCGGUGUGAUAUUCUACCCUGGGCAUAUCUCUGAGGACCCACGGCCCCUCAGGCAGAGCAGGAAGCGGGGAGCAACAGGAAGCCUUUCCUCUAGAGCUCUGUGGUUUCGGGGAAUAGAGUGGGAGGUUCUUCAGGGACCAGGUGACAAAGGAAGAUUAAAUUCAGGAAAAGAGGAGAUGGGGUGGGAAGACCCUGAAGGUCUUUCCCAGUAGCUAGUAGAACCUUUCUCACAUUCAGUGCCAUGAUUCUUGGACCAAAUCUGCUCUUAGGCUUCUUUCUGCGACAAUAUCCUGCACAGCCAGGAUACACCGACACUCCCUCGUAUGUGGCCUUGCACAGGAAGGUGCUGGGCUGAGGACCAGGAUGUUUCAUGGCAUCAUGUUGCCUGUGUUCAUCCUUCCCCUCCCUCGCCCCUUGCAGUCAGCACUGUUACAGCAGUGCUUCCCAUGUUGGCUGGUGGCUUCAGAUCAGGGAAGGAGCCUGUAACACAGCAGACAAACAUACUUCCCUCCUGGGGCUGACCCUGCUGCCUGUGUGAAGCUGCCCAGCGCUUUCUCUUCUUGCAGGGGGAGAGCACAGCCUGGAGGAGGCAGCAGGUUAUGCUUUUGUGCCUUCUAUUCCACUGAGAAGCCUGUUUGCCAUAAUGUGGGGCAGUCACAGGGUUGAGAUUUUACCUUGGCGGGGAGAGAGACACCCUCUUCUGUGCUUCAAACAGAGCCCCAGAGAUUGAUUUUCUGUCUGGUUGCUGAGUGAUAGAGCCAAGGAGAGGGGGAAGUUGGGACUCUUCCUCUGGCUGGGAUCAGAUGGAGCAGGUAGUUACCCAAGGUUACCCUCAAGAUGAGGGUCUGUCUCCUUAGUCUUAAGGUGGUUGUGGGCAAGCAGAAGCAAUGUGCUGAAGUAGGAUGGGUAGAGGCCAGCGGUGCUCUGCCCUAUGCCUCCUGCAGGAGGUGGAGAUUUGCUCACAUUUGUGCUGUUAUCCACUUCGUCACCUCCCACGCCUUUGUACCAGGUUCCCUCUGGGGAUGCAGCCCACAGAUCUGCUAUCUUGCCUCAGGACAUGGCUGCCUCCUGUCUUGGACCAAGACAUUUCUGUUGUGAGGCUCCUGUUGGUCUUACUGGUUCAAUCAUAAGUUAUUUGUGCAGAUUUUAACAAAGUUUGAGAAUGAUUAUGCAUUUCAUAAAUUAAAUAUGAUUUUUUUCUGUA